CUGGCCAAGUAUAUACAGUUUGGUAUUCGGGAUUUACCGAGUGCCGAAAGCCGCGUUUUAGAAACCACCCAGCGUUUCCAGGUUAACCAACACCUUCUAUUAACAACAACUAUUAUUCUACAUCGGCCCAUAUCUACGAGGUCCCUACCCAUGAUAGAAACCGCCGUGUGUUUGGCGAUAGCAGGCUGUUUAUUCUAGAGCCACGAGAUGUAACCUGAUCAGCGGUAACCAAAUUUACAACAACACACAUUUACAAGACUUCUAGCAAAGUUCAAUAUGGCGGACGAUUUCUACAUAAAUAGAGCAUAUUAUUUUGAAUCGUCUAACCGAUUAGAACAGCCACCUCGUAAAAUAGCACUGCCAAAGAUAGCGGUUGGCCGAAAUGCAAAAAGUGCCAAAAGGUUAUGGAAAGACCAUGAACACGUGAAAAUUACGAACGCCAUCGAUAAGAUAAAGUACCAAGAAGACGACGGACCGGAACUCUACGUACCGAAAUUCCCGAGACCUUUUCGAACAAAUCCCGUGCGGAUGAUACCGAUGUAUAAAGUUCUGCAUGCGCCCUCACAGUUUGGAACACCCAGACACAACGUGAAGGAGCUAUAUGCUACUGCUACUUAUCUUACGAACGCAGUUAAAAAUGUGGAUGGAAACACCAGUUACAAGAGUCUGAAAGCGAUGCACAAAAUCCAGAAGGAGGCAUUAACUCCACGACCACAGACCGAACGCAUAGAAGUAGGGCAACGACUGAUAUGGCAGUCAGCAGACUCGGUAACCCCGUCAUACACGCCAAGAAGACUAGAACCGCUGAUCACGAGUAGAAAAUCGACAGGAGAACACACCGUACGAGCGUCGAAAGGAAAAUAUACGAAUAGCCCAAGGGAGUCUGAGAACACAUGUGAAGUGAGUAUUCAUGUACCACCGACAAGGAGACAGAAGUCAUUUUUAGAGAUAUAUGGAAAGGGAAGGUUUCCUAGCGUAGACUACGAGAAGAUCCUUCUAACUAAAGAAAACUUAUCUCAUCUGGAGCAUGAAACCGAGGGGCAAGAUGAGGAAGUUAUGAACCAUAGUGCGCGUAUUCCGAUUGGUGAAUUCGCCACAGAGACGGAAAUUGAAGGGAGCCCGCACACUGAAAAUAAUGAAGUAAUGAUAUCGGUGGACGACGAGAGCAACAAAGAAAGUCGUGAAGCUAUCACAAAUGAAGCCAGUGGUAACGAAAUACCGAGAAUUGAGAAAAGUUCAACAAAUAAAAAAAAUGAGCUGGUCAUGGAACAAGAGAAUCGGCCGGACUUGCCCAAACACGACGAAGAAACAACCCAAUCCGUCGAUAAAGAGAAAGAACGAACUAUAGUAAAACGGGACGAUGGCGACGAUAACUGUAAAGAAGAAGAAAAUGAUAUCGGAGAAAAUCCCCAUAACAACCAGACAGAAGAGGGUCCACCAACCGAAGUCGUAGAAACAAAAGAAAAUAUGCGAGCUGCGAUAAAUGAAGUUGCUGAACUUGAACAACAAGCUGAGCCCGUCGUAGAUGAAAGUUUCCGGGAGACAAAUAAAGUAACUGAGUCGAAUGAAAAAUCUGUGUCAUGCGACAAUAAUGACAAUCAUGGCGCGGAACGGAAACUAAUUAGUAGUCCUGGCGAAACGAACAGGGUAACGAAAUGCGACAUCGAAGCCGUAACGACAAUCGGACAAUCUCUGCCAGUGUCGGACAAUCAAAUGGGAAAUCUCAUUCAAGAGAGUGUCUCCAUCGACAGUGGAUUUGAAGAAAAACCAAAAUCUAAUCACGAAUCUCGAAACGUCGAUUUAUCCACUGAAAAUGCAAAUAUAGAUAAUAUUGGAGACAAGAUCGAAAAUAAACCGAAAAAUAAUCAGAGCGAAAACAACCUUGUUGUUGCACAAGACAGUGAAGUCGAAUCUGAUGACACACGCCCCAUAUCGGCGAGCAAAGUACAACAACCAAAGGAACUGAACUCUCUGAAAGACGAGGAAAAUGACGAUAUCGACGAAUCGAAUAGCACACAGCCCCAGUAAACUGUAUAUCCUGCGAAUUAAUAUAUUGUUUUCCUUAAAGCAACUAAUCAAAUAAUAACAAUAACACAAUUUUUGAAGACCGCAUACAAAACUGCGGUAUUUAAUCAUUCCGCCCGAUCGCUGUGACGAAACAUUAGCAUAAGUGUGUGGUGGAAUUUGAUUGGAUUUUAGUCAGAACUAGCGCAUGCGCAGCGAACAGUAA